AUGAUGGCCAUAUCAGACUCAUUAAACAUUUCUACUCCUAACAUCUCUGAAGAGACACAUUUUCAGGCAAUUAAUAAAUUAAAACUUGGGAAGCUGAAAAAAGAGGAAUUCGCUUUUAUACGUAAGGUCUUUUCCAGACCAGGUGAACUCCACGAUCUGUUCAAGGAAUACUCUUGUGAUGGUAUUAAUAUAGCAAGCCUAGACCUACUAGAUUUUAUCAUAGUUGAACAGUUUGAGACUAAUGUAGACAGAUCUACUGCCUUAAGGAUAAUCAACUACUGUGAACCCAUAACAGAGGGCAGGGAAAAAACUAUGCUUACAUAUGAUGGAUUUGUCAAAUUCAUGACCUCACCUGACUGUUGCAUAUUCAAUCAAGCUCAUAACAAAAUCUACCAACGUAUGGAUUUACCCUUGGUAAAUUAUUUCAUCGCAUCUUCACACAACACCUUCUUCAUGAAUGAUCAGUUGAUUGGAUGGAGCAACCUUCAUGGAUAUAUAAGUGCUUUGAAAAAGGGUUGCCGCUGUUUGGAGAUAGUCUGUUGCGACGGACCAGAAAAUGAGCCCAUGGUUUACCACGGUCUUGCAACAUCAUCUCAGAUUCUGUUCAAGGACGUCAUUAAUGUUGUUAAUUUGUAUGCGUUUGAGGCAUCUGAUUACCCCUUGAUACUUUCGUUAGAAGUUCACUGCAAUCCAGUGCAACAACAUUCAGUAGCUGAUUAUCUUGGCAAUAUUCUGGGAAACAGAUUAUUCACCCUGAGUUCUACUGGGAAUUUGCCAUCUAAAUUACCUUCACCUAAGGAGUUAAAACGUAAGAUAAUCAUAAGGAGUAAGAAAGUUGGAUCAAUAUUAGAAACGUUCCGAAGAAAUGGGGAAAUUCAGGAGAGAGAAAUUGGAGAAUAUAUAGAAGAAUUGGACCCAGAAGAAGAAAUUCCAGGCAGGGAGGCGUCAAGCAGAACAAGUUCAUUCAGACCAAAGAAGAAAAAGCUUAAGAUUCGAAUUGCAAUGAAGCUAUCAGAUUUAAUUAUAUACUCAAAGUGUGUUCAAUUCAAAAGCCUGAAACAUUCAAUGGAACAUCAGGAGUUCUACGAAAGCAAUUCAUUUUCAGAACAAAGAGUCCUGAAGUUGAUCAAGCAGUCAGUUUGUGAACUUGUUCAACACAAUUCAAGAUUCCUUUCUCGAACCUACCCUUCCGGGAACAGAAGAGGCAUUUCCAACUACAAACCCCAUGAGUUCUGGAAUGUGGGCUGCCAAAUGGUGGCUUUGAAUUACCAGAGCCCUGGAUUAUGUAUGGACCUUAACAAUGGCAGAUUUCUCACCAAUGGAAGGUGUGGCUACGUGCUUAAACCAGAGUUCAUGAACAAUGACACAAAAUUUAAUCCAUUCAAUCCUCAACACAAACGUGAUCCAGUGACUCUUAUAAUACAGAUUAUUAGAGGUGAGCACAUACCAAUUUCCAAAACUUGUAGUAAAAUAACAGUUGACCCUUAUGUGCAAGUGCAAAUCUAUGGUCUACCCAAGGACAAUGCAAAACAGCAAAGCAAGAGUCUACAUUCUCAAGGUAAUAAUCCCAAAUGGAAUGACAUUUUCACCUUUAGCAUUCAGGUUCCAGAACUUGCAUUGGUUCGUUUUACUGUCAGAGACAGCAAUCUCUUUUCCAAGAAUGAAUUCCUCGGUCAAUAUACUCUGCCAUUUACCAGCAUGAAGAAAGGUUAUCGUUUUGUUCCACUAUUGAGCUUUGAUGGCCUAAGCCUUUCUCCAGCGAAGCUGUUUGUGUACGUGUGGUAUGCUUAG